AUGCCCACUCUUGUUGCUGUCAAUGCGGCCACGACCGCUGCCGACGAAAACUUGAACCUAAAAUUAAACCCACGGCCUAGAGCCAGGUUCUUCGGAGAAGCAGAGUACGUCGAAAAGAUCUGCCGCUACCGCUACGGCCGCGGCGGCUACCACCCUGUCCAUCUCGCCGACACACUCGACCAAGGCCGGUACCGCGUCAUCCACAAGCUCGGCCAUGGCGGCUUCUCGACCGUCUGGCUUUGCCUCAACACAGAAGAUGCUCGGCGGCCCACGUAUGUCGCCGUCAAAGUUCUUGCCGCAGAGGACGACAGGGAGGUUGACUGCCGCGAACUACGCAUCGGCCUGCACCUGCGUGAGCGACUCACGGGGGACCAGCCCUUCUGUCUGCCGCUCAGGGAAUUUCGCCUCGAGGGUCCUAACGGAACGCAUAUCUGCAUCGUGUACCCCGUCAGGGGCCCGACGCUGGGGUCUGCCAUGGAUGUCUUUGCCGAGAGGCAGGACUGUGCAGGGACUGUUCGGCGACUACUUGGACAGGUCGCAACAACGUUGGAUAUAUUGCAUAAAAAUGGAGUAUGCCACGGAGAUCUUCGUCCUGAAAAUGUAUUCAUUGGGCUCAAAUCUCUAGAUGGCCUUGACGUGCCCGCGGUGUACCGCAUACUCGGGGAGCCUGAUACACACGAAGUUACUCUGAUUCGAAGUGACCAUACAGCAGAGUCUGUCCCCCGUUACCUCGUCUACCCUGUGCAUGCGCCCGAUAUUUCGCUCAGCUAUCUCCUGCCCCAAGUCUACAUCGCUGACUUCGGCGAGUCCUUCUUCUACGAAGAGGAGUCGCCGCGCGUGACGGGCAUACCGCGCGCGUACUGCGCCCCCGAAGCGGUGUUUGACAACAUCUCGGGGCCUGCGUCAGAUCUCUGGUCCCUCGGCUGCCUCUUCUUCGAGACGCGCCUCGGCUGUAAGAUCAUCGAGCCGGCUGACUUGCUCUGCCGCAAUGACGACGAGUACAUCCUCAGUCUUGCGCUGAUUCUGGGGCGACUGCCCGAGUCCUGGUGGGCCCGCUGGCAGCCACGGCAUGAAUACUUUAGGCCUGACGAUGAUGGUGAAUAUAAGGAUGAAGAUAAAGACGCCGCCGCCAACUAUGACGAGCAGCGAAAAGGCACGCACGACCGUCUGAAGACGCAACCGGGAAAGUUGGAGAGUUUUAUGCCAUGCGGGUUGAAGGAACCACGGUCAAUUCGGGAAAAGAUAGAGGUCAGCUGCUACAGCGCCGAUUUUGAAGGCAAGGAGCUCUGCAAAGCCCAGCACAUGACGGCGAUGGAGGUCAGUGCUAUGGCGGAUUUGUUAAAGCAGCUGCUGCGCUAUGUGCCAGGAGAACGAAUAUCUGCUGAAGACGCAGCCAACCAUGGAUGGUACCAGAUGUAG